CCUAGUUGGUUUGACAUAUUGUUUUCUGACUCGCAGAAGGCUAUGAAUCUUUACAAGAAGCAGAGGAUGAAAAUAAGAGGCUUGCCAUUUAUCGCUGGUGGAACACUGGAUAUUAUAUUAGGAUCUAAUCAGGAGAAUAUGGAAGCAAAAGUCCCCUGUGAUGUGGAGAAAGUAGAGGAGUUAGUCCCUACUUAUGAUUCCAAAAUGACAGAUGCUCCACUGUCAAGUUUAGGUGAGAAGAAUGUUGUCACUGCUUCAACCGAUAGUGCUGAGGAAAAACCGGAGGUGCCGGUGUCAACACCCAGUCCUGAGGUGCAGAACGAUAUCUGCCUGGUUUCUCCUAAGUUGGAAAUGCGAGUUGAAGAUUAUAGUGGAAGCAAUGCAGGAGAGCCUCAAACACUUUUAAAUGGGGCGGAAAUGGAUUACUCCUCUGAGCUGGUUAAAUUAGAGCUGGGGGAUGCAAAUGGUUUCUCAUCGAUUGAUAACUCGGCUCUUGCUACCUCCACUUUACCUGCUGCUGGUAACGACUUGAAUGUUAUUAGCAAGACUGAAGAUGAUAACUCUAUACAUUACCCAAAGGAAGGUGCGGCUGAUACAAUAACUGGUCCUUUAGUAAUACCAGAGGGAUCCCCAAAGGCUAAGGCUUGUGAGGCUUUGAUGUCUGGGUCUAAUGAGUCUGAUUCGGUAAUUUUAAGUCGGAUACAUCAUUCUCCUGAAAGUACACAUUGAGACAAUUUCUUUCUAUAUCCAUGUUUCCUUUUUGGUUUCUUACUUUUACUGCCUUUAAGUUCAUUAUGCUCAUGCUAUUUUCUGUGG